AUGAAGAUGAAACCUCAUUGCUACCAUAUUUACCACCGCUCCUCAACCAGUAUUUAAACACAUGCCACGUUUUCUACUCGUCUGAUUUCAGUCUGAAAUUUCGUGCAGGCUGACAAUUUUUAAUUUAGCAGAGUGAGAGAGGGAGAAACCAAAACUUUCUUUUCUUGUUCCUCAAGGCUCAAAAUCUGCAAUAUAAUAAUAUUUAAAAACCAUUGCAAUAAAAUAUCAAGCAACCUUUUUCAUUUUCAGUCUGAAACGUUGCCGCUCCUGAGAUCGUGUACCAAGUGACUUGCCUCAGCCUUGCUGCCGCCGCCGCCACCAUUCUUCUUCAAACGCUGCUUCAACUAUCGGUAAUCUAAUAAUCAUUUACCAGGUAGAGGUAAAUACUAGCAUCAACGAUAUUCGGCUUAAGUUUCAAGUCGAUUUCAGUGCCAGAGGAACCCAAGGGGUAUCAGCUCCUUUGACUGGUACUCUGAAAUGGCACUAGCAAGGUUUUCAAGGAGUGGGUUGAGACGAUCUGGAAGUGCCAUUUGCAGUUAUGCCGAUGAGAGGACUGUACCAUUUGAGAGGGGAUCAGUGCAAGAGAGCCCUUCAACUUACAUGCGAAAUGUCAGAGGAGGAAGCAAUUUCUCGUACCUCUCAAACAUCGAAAAGGUAGAUUACUCUUGUAUGUGGAUCAGAGGAAUGAGGAUGACCCCUCAAUAUCAUUUCGCUCAUGCACAAAGUGUCAUGGAAGGGUAUGAUUCAGAGUAUGAAAGCACCAGGUAUCCCACUCUGGAAGCCACAAAGCCGGGCGAAAAACCUAGAGUGGUUGUUCUUGGCUCUGGCUGGGCAGCGUGUAGAUUCCUUAAGGGGCUUGAUACCAAGAUAUAUGAUGUUGUUUGCAUAUCACCGAGGAAUCACAUGGUUUUCACUCCUUUACUUGCAUCAACCUGUGUUGGUACUCUGGAAUUCCGUUCAGUUGCUGAGCCUGUCAGUCAGAUUCAGAAAGCACUAGCAAAGGAUCCUAAUUCUUAUUUCUUCCUGGCUUCCUGUACUGGCAUUGACACAGAAAAGCAUGAGGUGUAUUGUCAGUCUGUUGAAAAUGGUGCACUGCAUCACGAGCCCUACCAGUUUAAAGUAGCAUAUGACAAACUUGUCAUUGCUUCUGGAGCUGAGCCCUUAACCUUUGGCAUUAAGGGAGUUAAGGAACAUGCUUUUUUUCUUCGAGAAGUGAAUCAUGCACAAGAAAUAAGGAAGAAACUUCUAUUGAACCUCAUGCUCUCUCAAAACCCAGGCAUUACAGAAGAAGAAAAGGAGCGCCUCUUACAUUGCGUUGUUAUUGGGGGAGGUCCUACUGGGGUGGAGUUUAGUGGUGAAUUGAGUGAUUUUAUAAUGAGAGAUGUACGCCAACGAUAUGCUCAUGUGAAAAACUACAUUCGUGUUACUCUCAUUGAGGCGAAUGAGAUCUUGUCAUCAUUUGAUGUUGGAUUACGACAGUAUGCCACAAAGCACUUGACCAAGUGUGGUGUUCGCCUUGUAAGAGGUGUUGUAAGAGAGGUGUACCCUAAGAAAAUAGUCCUCAGUGACGGAAGUGAUGUUCCAUAUGGUCUCCUUGUCUGGUCUACAGGAGUUGGUCCGUCUGAGUUUGUAAAGUCACUAGAUCUGCCCAAGUCUCAGGGUGGAAGAAUUGGUAUUGAUGAAUGGCUGCAAGUUCCUUCUGUUGAUGAUGUGUUUGCACUUGGAGAUUGUGCUGGUUUCCUUGAACAAACAGGGAGGCAAGUACUUCCAGCACUAGCGCAGGUAGCAGAAAGGCAAGGGAAGUAUCUAGUUGAGUUGUUCAGUAAAAUCGGCACAAAAAAUGGUGGCAAGGCACUAUCCAUGAAAGACAUUCCUUUGGGGGAGCCCUUUGUCUACAAGCAUCUUGGAAGCAUGGCAUCUGUAGGUCGGUACAAGGCAUUGGUUGAUCUUCGCCAGUCCAAGGAUGAGAAGGGCAUAUCCAUGGCAGGCUUUUUGAGCUGGCUAAUGUGGCGCUCGGCUUAUCUCACUCGUGUGGUGAGUUGGAGGAACAGGUUUUACGUGGCUGUGAACUGGGCUACCACAUUAGUCUUUGGCAGAGACAAUUCAAGAAUAGGAUGAACCUAGUAAAAUCAUUUUAUGUCGAAAUAGUAGUCAGGUAAUUUAUUUUUUUUAACCGCAGGCACCUUUUAAGUUUUAGCUAACUUUAGACUACUACUAUCAAUUAUUUACCAUAGUUAUAUCAUGUUAAAGCAGCCAAUCAGGGCGGAAAAUUUUGAGAUGUGGGUUGGAAAUGGUUAAAUUUACGGUAUCAAGCA